AUGUAUUGUUUGUUGCAUUGUGCGGACGUCUGCUUUGGCCUUGAAUUUGUUGCAACUGUGGUUACAAAAUGGUUGCUAUGCCAUCGUUUAUUUAGAAUAUUGAGUCUUGUUUGGCAAGAAACAGAUGACGACAUAAUAUCGAAGAAAUCAUUGCAGGCUGUGAAACAGAUCAUCAUUUUCCUGAAAGAACAUGCCAGAGAGGAGGGUUUAUUCCGCCGAGCCGGUCGUCGCGAUCUCCGAAGACGAAUACUGAAUUCGUUGAAGAAAGGAGAGAGGCCACAUUUGGACAACAACAACGACGCAGCCUUAGAAUGUGCAGCAGCGUUACAGCUGUUCUUGAGUCGCUUGAAGAAACCCGUGAUGCCUCAACACGUCCAGCAACUUCUCCUAGCCGACAAUCCCGGGGUGACCGCCCACGUAAUCGCGAUGGACGCGCUUGGAUUAAUACGACAGGACGUCGGGGGUCGUCACGGGGAGCUUCUGGCCGGGCUUCUUGAUUUACUGAGACACUUGACGCUUUCCGGGCCACCGUCCGAGAGAUCGGAACUACGCGGCUCGCCGCUUCCGAUUGCGCUGCUUCCGGUCUUCUUCACUCUGACGCCAGCUGACCUGGCCAAAUGGAAGCAAGUAGCCGCCAGAUUCAGCGAAUUAAUUACCGAAGCUCCUGAGCAACUGCAGCUGAAUGAAAAUCGAUCGUAUGACGUAGAAUCAACGGGUGUAACCGACGGAAGUGAGGAGAACACGGCACCGGAAGAUCUGGCAUACCUUGCAAAUCCGUAUUACGCCAGCGAGGUUGGAGAGAUAACUCGUAUUCUUGCUGUGCCGUUGCACAGACUUCCAGCUGGCAGACUUCAUCCAGCAAUUUCCAAUUCGAAUCGAUUGCCUCGGGAUUAAAGAGCAUUAAUAUAAAUGCGAUUCUUUCGCAUGAAUGCAACAGAACGACGCAUAAAUUAUCUGUAUCCAUUACCGCGCCAUUUUUUCCCGUCCUUCAAUGGAAGGAGAAGAUAGAAGGCUCUUGUUGUUCGCUUUUAUACUUGGCUAUUA